CCGAAACCACCCACGCGCGCUCGCUCCCCGCGCCCAAUUCGGAGAUCCACCCCCCCACCGAAUCCGCUCGCCUGCGCCUGCGCCUGCUACCUGCGAUCCAUCUCUCAUGGCGACCACCAGCGCCAGGAGGCCGAGCGGCCCGGUGCUCUCGGCCGCGCACUACCGCUCCGCCUCGCCGACGCGCGUCUCGCUCGCCGGGCAGCCCGUCAGCGUCAGCGUGUCCUCGUCGUCGCGGGGCCGGCGGACCUGCAUGUGCUCGCCGACCAACCACCCGGGCUCGUUCCGCUGCAGCCUGCACAAGGAGCGCGUCAAAUAUCUAACACAUAAAUUUAGAACAAACAAUUAGAGCUUAUUUAGAUAUCCAUAUAUCUUCCUUAAUUCAUGCAUAUUAAAGUGUCAAGCAAUUUAAAGCAUAGAUUAGGGGAAUACAUGAGCAUCUAAACAAAACAUUUAGCAUCUAUUUGGAUCCCAUAAACUUAAAACCGGCAUGUAGAAAGUGAUUUCUAUUUCAUUAUUAGAUUAUCUUUUUUCCAUUUCCAACCAAUACAAAAACAGGAUCUUAGAGAAAAAAACAGUGCUCGCAGAAUAUUGUCCACUUCCACUAUCAGCAACCAAACAAAUGCUAUAUGAAUUCAUGUACGUGUACUUUUGUGUGUGUUUACUUUCAUACCUGUAUAUUAUAUUCACUCCGUCCUAAAGUAGUUGAUUACAUUCAUGUGUGUAUAUUCAUCCCGUCCUAAAACAGUUGAUGUGCUAUAUAUGAUUCUAAUUUUGUGCCAAAAUAUAUAGUUGACAUUCUCACUCUUCAAGAGAAUACACUCCUCUCUUUCUAAUACAUCAUUUUCCCAAUACCUCUCUCUCUACUUUUAAACGUCAUUUUUUUUAUCUUUUGCCUUCUACGUAGGUCUCUAUGAUAAGGUCUAGAAAAUCAAUUAUUAUAAGACCGGAGGAGUAUGAUCAAGUCUAUGCAGCGUGGCAUUUCUUUUUCUCAAAUGCAAAAUGGAACAGAAGCUCUUCUGUGAAGGACUUUGACUGGGCGACGCAGUCUCACCCUUGCUCUUCAAUUUAGUUGGAGAUGUUUCUUUAUAUGUGAUGUUGGAAACAGCUAACUGCAAUGGCCUUAUUAGAUGUUUGGUCCCAGAUUUGGAAUAAUAGGAGGUUUGGCACAUCUACAGUACACCGAUCGAUGACGUAAUCCUUUUUUUUU